GGGGCGUGGUGGGAAGAACCGGAAGUUGUGCUGAACCUUCGCCUCCCCUGGGUACUGAAGGAAACGCAAGCUCCGCAAGAGAAGUUCCGACGCCGCCUGGGCUGGAGGAGACAGAAUGGAGACCGCGAUCGAAGAUGCGGGGCUGGACCGCGGCCCGACGCUGACCUCGUCCUGGGAUGCGGCGUGCGGGGCGCUGACCCAAAGCCUUCUUCUUACCCGGACUGGACCACGUGCCCAAGACUUGGACUUCGAGCAGCUGCUGGAGCCGCCAGCUCCCGGCCAGGAUCUGGUGAGUCUGAAAAGCAGCCUGAGCCCCCGAGAUGAAAACCCCUGCUUCAUUUACCUGAAGUGUGGCCCUAAUGGGGGUGAAGAAAUCCUUUCGGUUGGCGUUCUGAGUUCAGCAAGAAACAUGGAAGUAUACUUAGGAGAGGAGUAUUGUGGAACUAGUCGAGGCAAGAAUGUCUGCACUGUCCUGGAUGACAGUGAACAUGAAAAGAUCUUAUUGUACAAGAAAUACCUAAAAUUGGAGUCUCCCACACAUGCCUGUAAAAUAAAGCUGUUGUCCUUCGGGGGAAAGCAGUGUGUGCUCAUCAGUAAAGUUGUGGUGCACUUGAGACCACGGUCUGCAGAUCCUUCACCACGCUCUGCUACGCUGGGAUCACGGAUAGACCUUGACAAUAUCCAAACUAUAGUAGAGUCCAUGGGGUCCAAGUUACCCCCUGGAGCUCAGCAGCUGAUGAAUAUGAUUAGAUUUCAGCAGCAGAAUUGUCUUCCCAUCAGGGAUCAGCUUCAGUCGGUAUUGGGAAGCACAGGACACAAGCAUCUGAUUGCGCUGCAGUCUGCCCCGUCGUCAGGAGUCUUAGACAAGGCACCCUCUACACCUUUUCCUUUUCGAACUGGAUUGACACCUUCAGCCGUCACUGAAAAUUUAAAGGCUCUUAUUGAUAAAAGCACAUCUGGAGAAGGAAAUACCGCAAACCACGAUGAGUGUCACCUUAUGCCACAAAAUCAUUCCCUUGAAAGUGAUCUUCAAAACGCGGUGUCUUCUUUCUUACCAAAGAAGGCAAGUGGCAACUCAAAUGUGCCCAACUCUGAGUUGCUUCCUUUUCUCCAGAAUUUAUGUAGUCAGGUCAACCAUCUCCGUGUGGGACAUAAUGCCAGGUGGCAAGAAAACAUCUCCAAGCCCCGAGAGGGUAUUGUCGGUGUUUCGAUGGAAGAACAGCCUGUUUGCUCCUAUUUGGAAAAGAUUCUUUCGAAAAACAUGGAACUGAUGGAAAAGAAGCUUAUGGACCACAUUGAUGAGAGGAUCUAUCAGCUCCAGGAGCACAUAGAUGCUAAAAUGGCUUUGUUAGUGGACUUGCUGCGAAGCCCCAACUCCCCACCCCCAGGGAUGCCUCUAAGACACUAUGACUCCAGAGAAAGACUUUCUAACGGAGAAAGAUAAAGCUGUGCACAUACUGUUACUGCAGAUAUUUAUUACAUAUUUAUUACAAAGCCGGAAUCCAAAAAGGUUAUGGAAAUCAAGUCUUUAAAUGUCCUUUGAAGGACCCUUGUCUUACAUGAAGUGACCUCAGUGCUUGUUCACAUUGCGCUUGUUACUGUAGACCCAGGUCUGUGCGCCAACAGCUAUCCUGAUACAGUCGUAAGUUAGUGUACCUGCUAUAUUUUUCACUCUUACAGAAAUGUAUACUUAUGUUGCUCAACUGUUUCAGAUGUUUAAGGACUUCUAACAUAGUUCGUUCGUUUGUAUUAUAUAUUACAUGUGUUUGAAGUGGAUUUUUUAUUUAAACAGAUACCUAUAAAAUAUAGUCUCAGGAGUGUGAAUAGUAGUGAUAUUUGAUUUUUUUUCUAAUUAUUUUUGGAAGUUGGAUACUUGGACUCUUUUAUUCAGAUGGCCAGUUUACACUUCUCUUGUUUAUCUGAGAUGAAUGUGUGCCAUGUUUGGGCUGUUUGAGAUAGUUUACACAGUGGGGGGAGUGCUGCUUGUUCAUCACAGUACAGCUGUAGACUGCUCCUUUGCAGUCUUAGGAUUUCAGAUUUGGUGCUGUAGGUAAAAUGGGAGAAAAUUCUCUUCUGUAACUGACAGGUACUUCUCCCAGAGGCCCUUCUAGCAUGUGUAAUGUGUGACAUUCUGAGGAUCUAAAAUGAGAGUUAAGAGAUGAAUCCAGAGUACUGCAGUUCCCAGCAGACCAAAUUUCAGAAUUUAACUGUUAUAUUCGUGUUGGUGAUACAGCUGUGCCUAAAGGGAUUGCUCUGAAGACCACCUGUAAGUGAAUAGAAUUCUUUUCAGCUACUUUGAUUGUUUCUUUUUUUUUAAGGGGGGGAUAUUUUGUACUUGUCCAUUGUCUUGACAAACUUGAUUUUGAUCAUCCAGCCAAGAUGACACAGCAUUUGGCCAUCUUUGGUGGGCCGUGGUUAGGCUGGAUAGUCACACCACAUGCAGAUGUAAGAUGUCAUUUCCUGAUCAGUGAGGAGAGAGCCACUCAUGCAUGGCUCGUCUGUGGUGGUUGUGCUUCCUCCCUAACUUACCACCCUUGACUUAGUAGUGCCCUCUGGCUCAUAAGUCAUAAGUCAUAAGUCGUCGGCUGGGGAUCGAUCCCCAGGUCUGCAGGAUGGGACCAUACCCCUAAGUGAAGGCCUUGAAACUGUCUUCAUCUUAGCCUGACACACCUUUCCUGCUCCACGGCCAAGAAUUCCUGUGUUCUCACCUCUGAUCCUUGUGACAUAGGGACUGAGCAGGGAGUAGGAGUAGCCACUGGGAAGAACUUAUAGAAAAGCAAGAAGUGUAAAAGGUAAACACAUUUCAUAAACCAUAUAGAGUAAUAUGGACCCUGAAGAAUUAUAACCCUCCAGGAAAUCCUGUGUUGGGGUGGGAAUAGCCUGAAGCCCACAACUAGGGCAGCCUCCUGCCAGGCUCACAGUCUGAUGAGCUAGUUCAUGGUGUUCCGUCUGUACACGUAACUGCUUGUUUCCUGGCUUUUGUCUCAUCUUUUCUGUAGAUUGUAUCACUGCUGUAGGAAAAGUGGGGAGAAAGAAACACCUCCCCACCCUCCCCAGUUCUGACUAAAACUGUAAA